UGUUGUGGAACGUCAGCGUUCGGCAUCGGCGUAUUAUGCUUAAUAUUUGAUUGAAUUCUUAAAAUUUUGUUUCAGUAUGAAUACUGUGUUGUCUCGAGCGAAUGCUAUAUUUGCAUUCACUCUUAGUGUUCUAGCCGGAUUAACUUUUUUGUGUUUUCUUUCAACUGUGCUUAAAGAUUAUCGUGGAGAUGUCUCUAUAUCGACCGUGAAAGCUGUUGUUAAAAAUGUUCCAGAUUUUAGUGCCUCAAGAUUGAAGAAUGAUUUGGGAUUUGUUACUUUGGAUUUGAAAGCUGAUUUAAAUCACUUGUUUAAUUGGAAUGUGAAACAAUUGUUUCUGUAUUUGAUAGCAGAAUAUACUACAGAGAAUAAUGUAAUAAAUCAAGUUGUGCUGUGGGACAAAAUUAUUAGAAGAAAUGAAAAUGCUUCCAUCAAUUACCAAAAAAUCAACCCCAAGUAUUAUUUUUGGGAUGAUGGAAAUGGAUUGAGGGGAAACUCAAAUAUUACUUUAUAUUUGUCAUGGAAUAUCAUUCCCAAUGCUGGAAGUUUGCCAAACAUCAUGGGAGAUGGAAGGCAUAAGUUCUCCUUCCCGGAAGAAUAUACUACUUACAGGAUAUGAAAACUUACAACUUAAUUUCACCCAAAUAACGGCAGUUUACAAACUUUUAAGGACGUAUUUCAUGCUCCAUUCAGUUAUAAAUAUGUCGUAUAUUAAUUGAAUGAUAAAUUUAAUUGUAUAAAAUUAGAUCUGUACAGGGACCAUGGGCGCCCAUGAAGAAAGCCCUCUAAACAUAUUUUAUAAUUUUUGUGCAUAUAAUGUCAAAACAUUGCAACAAAAAAGCCAUUAAGAAAUUGAGUUUUUAAAAAUUUCUGAACUUAAAAAUUUUUGUAUAAUUUUAUUCUGCAGAGUUUACUUUAAAAGUCUUCUAAUGAAGUUAUAAAUAUAAUUCUCCUUGACAUUGGAGUUAGAAGCAUUAUGCUUCUAAGUGCCACUAAUUUCUGUAAAACAUGUCUUAAGAUUAUGAUAUGAUCAGCAAUGUUUAAAAAUAUCCAUUAGAAUAAGAACAAUAGUCUAUAAAAAUACCAAUUAUAAUCGGGACAACAGAUCCGAAAGAUGCUCAUCG